AUGAUGGGCUUCGAGAGCAAGCUUUCGAUCGGUGCCACCAUCGUGUCGUUCAGCGAUCGUAAGCUCAAGUACAAAGUCAAGAAGCGCAUCGGUAGUGGCGGUUUCAGUACUGUGUUCGAAGUCCAAAGACUCAAGGACCAGAAAGUAUUCGCCAUGAAGGUCGUUCCUACUACUGGUGAUCACCGCGGAACACCCAAGAAGAUCAUCUUUCGUGUAGAGGCUACACGACUGACCCAAGUUCAAAAUCACCCCCAACUCAUGGAGCUCUUGGACCUCUUGUAUCUUGAGAAUCUGGAUGAAGGUGGCAUCGUUCUGCAAUUCGCUACCGAAGGCAACCUCGGAGACCUUCACCAUCAACUUCCUAAGAGCCAGCAUGUAGCUCUGUCGCAGCUCGUGACCUACGAGAUGACCGAAGCCCUCCAUCAUAUCCACUCCCUCCAACCAGCCAUCGUCCACCGAGACAUCAAGCCCGACAACAUCCUGGUCUUCCUGACCGGCACUGAGCGCAAACCGUGUUACCUCCUGAAGCUUGCAGACUUUGGCAUCUCUAAAACCGUCGACGACGACAAUGACCCGACACUUCCUUAUGAGCCAAUGUCUGGACGCGCCUACGAGCCUUACAGAGCUCCCGAGACUGCAAAAGAGCUCGGGGAGAUUCAUACUCGGGGUUUUGAAAGCAGAGCAGACAUCUGGUCUCUCGGAGUCGUCCUGUUGAAAAUCCUCAACACCACCAUCAGCAACUUUGCAACCGCACCCACUCGCUGCAAUAUUCCCGCACAAGCUGUUCCUUUGUUCAAAGCAAUGAUGAUGCGGGACCCUUCGAAGCGUGCAUCGGCUAGAGACUGCAAGAGAUAUCUCUGGUACAGAGAAGGAGCCAGUGUGGUUGUUCACAAAGUCACUAACACGUCCAGUGGAAACGAUGUUCUUGGUGAGAGCAUGAAGCGUCUGAGCAUCGACUAG